AUGGCCGCUCUUGACAAUCUUCCGUGGAUAGAUUCCAUGGCACCCUCUUCCAGCGCACAAGAUCAAGGCCAGUCGGAUUCUCAACCGCCGACGGUCGCUGCCUUCUCUCCAUCGACGAUAACCGGCUCGGCCUUGACCUCACGCCAACGUUCCAGUGUCAUCGUGCAUCGUAAAUCGCCUCUCCUGGUGGCCACACCACCGGCCAUCACGCGGGCCCUAGCCUACUCACACCCAUUUCUACUCCCCCUCAACAAACUCGCUGGGCUCUUGACAUGGACUUCUGGUGAUCCAUGGCAGAGCUUCUUGCUGGUGGCCACAUUUUGGACAGUCGUGCUCUAUAGCGAUGCCAUCAUCCUCUGGGCGGGCCCGAUCCUGGUCGUGGUCGCCCUGAUCCUCGGCAUGUAUGGUCGUCGCUACUCACCGCUAUCAUCGACCACUUCCACGGGCGAGAAGCACAAGACCAAAGUUGCCCCGGAUAGCUCCCUCCGUCAUCAGAAGAGCCUCGACGAGAUCGUCGAGACUGUCCGUCUCUUCACAACUAGAUGCAAUAUUCUCCUUGAGCCUCUUUUGGAUCUCACCGAUUUCCUUUCAACCCAACGUACGGCCACAUCAGCAACUACCAAGCCCGCUCUGACGGCUCUCUUCAUCCGCAUCCUCCUAGUCACUCCAGUAUGGAUUGGUUUGACUCUCCCUCCUUUCUAUAUCAUUACCACCCGCCGUGUCGUCAUGGCCGUCGGUACUAUCGUCCUGACCUAUCACUCGCGCCCCGCGAGGGUUUCACGCGUAAUUUUAUGGCGAUCGCGUGCUGUCCGCCGACUCUGUGCUGUUGCCACUGGUCUUUCAGUUGUCGACAACCCAAGCAAUGUACAGAAGGCUCAGUCUCAAGCUAAAGGCCAAGGCCAGGGCCUGAACAUCUCGACUCGCCGACGCGGAAAUAAUUCUGGCGUACGAUUCACUUUUGUUGUUUACGAGAACCAGCGCCGUUGGUUAGGCAUUGGCUGGACAUAUUCAUUGUUCCCGUCUGAGCGCGCUUCUUGGACAGAUGAGCAUAUGAACGCUGUUGCCCCCAAGGACACAUUUGAGCUUCCCGAUGUUCGAACCGGGGACGCCAAAUGGCAGUGGGUGGAAGGCAGCGAGUGGCGGGUCGAAGGAGCCGACAACUUCAACGGAAAAUCAGACUCGAAGGGAUCGACUGGCGAAGGAUGGAUCUACUAUGACAAUAAGUGGAAUGACGGUCGUCGCGGUCAAGAUGGCUGGGACCGUUAUACCCGCCGACGCAAGUGGUUCCGAGACGCCGAACUAGCCGAGCUCUCACCAAACAGCAAUCAAGAUGCCUCUGAGGAUACAAUAUCUGGGAUCACCCAGGCUCUAGAAAAAGAGCAAGCGGCACAAAAGGGAAAGGCCCAGAAUGAAGAAGAUCUUCGCCGAAUGAGCAUCAGUUCAUCCACAUCCUUAUUGUCCCGGCGUCGUCGAUGGUUCAGCGGGCCCGAUCCCAAGACCGAUAAAGAGACGAGCCCUUCAUCUCCAACCAAUACUGGUCGGGCUACGGGCUCCAAAACUCCAGAUGGCUCGCACCAAUCGCGGCCAAUCAGUAUCCAAAAUUCCAAGAAGCAUUCGCAUGCCCGCGAAGGAAGUGUGGCCACUAGUGACAGUGCUAGUCUUCGGGAAAAGGAAAUGGCUAAUUCGCAUGAUCAUCUUGAUCGUUGGUCGGCUCGAGCUGCUGGGGGAACCGAAAGGGCGGAAAGAGAAUGGGGGCUUAGCGAUGAGAUUAAUAUGGGGUUGAGCUGA